UGCAGCGAUGGGAGACGAUUUAGGAAACGAGUGGUGGACUCAGGGGGACUAUUCAGAUGUGUCAAAUGUAGAAGAGGAAACGCAGCCAAAGGCAAAAGGGCACACAAAACAGAAUGCAAAGAAAAGAAAACUUACAUCGUCGAGGCCAGACAAAGCCAAGAAGAAGCCAAAAGAAUGCUUAGUUACAAAAGAAAAAGCAAAAGGAGAAGAAGGAUCCAAAAAGCCCAAUAGACGGAGAAAGAAGAAGACCAUUACAGAUGUGUUGGCCAGUUCAGAUCCUGCACCAGGCUCUCCAGCUGACCUAAGGAGCCUCCUGCAGUCUCAUUUUGGAGCAACGCGGUCUGUUAUUGAACAGGAAGAGCGCUUCCUACCAGAAUCAUGCUUCUUGAUGAGUAAUGAUCUCUCUCACAGCCUGUCAUCCUACCUCAAAGAAGUUUGUCCCAAGUGGUCUAAAGUACAGAAGCAGCACACACAGACAAGCUCGGUUUUACUGCUCAUCGUCUGUGGUUCGGCACUACGAACCAUCGAACUCAUCAAGCAGCUAACAACAUUCAAGGGACAGGCUAAAGUACUAAAGCUCUUUGCCAGACACAUCAAAGUAGAGGAGCACAUGAAGCUCCUGAGUAAAGGUGUCACCCACAUAGGCGUGGGGACCCCUGGCAGGGUGAGCGUCCUCAUAGAAAAAGAGGGAUUGCAUCUGCAGGCACUGCGAUAUCUUGUAUUUGACUGGAACUACAGAGACAGGAAACAAAGGAAGAUGGUGGACAUACCAGAGGUGAAGGGAGAAUUUGUGAGGCUGAUGGAGACUGGCAUUAUUAAGAAGUGCCAAGAAGGUGCAGUUAAAAUUGGCCUGUUCUAAGUAUGCAUUGUUAUUCAUGUCUGCCUCCAACUGCUCUUCCAAAAAUAUACGUUUCAUCUGUGCAUUUGUUUUGAUUUUAUUAAAAGGUUGUAUAUUUUA